CAGGACAGGAUCGUCGGCAUCCCCCUGGAGCUGGAGCAGCCGACGCUCAGGAACGCGCAUGAAUCUGAAGUGCCUCCUCCCAAUCCUUGGCAAAAUUGGACCAGAACCCCCAGUCCUUUCGAAGACAGGACAGCUUUCCCUUCCAAACUGGAGAGCACCCCCACCACCAGCCCUUUGCCCGAGCGGAAAGAUCACAUCAAGGAGUCUCCUGAAAUGACCAGCACCUUUGCUCCAGGAAUAGCGUGGGAAUAUCACGACUCGAAUGCUAACAGAAGCCUCACAAACGUCUUUUCCCAUCUCCACUGCCGCCCGGAUCCUUCCAAAAGUGUCAUUUCCAUCAGCAAGAGCACAGAGCGGCUGUCUCCCAUGAUGAGGGAUUUAAAAACGAACAAAUUUAAGAAGUCGCAGAGUAUCGACGAGAUAGAUGUCGGUACGUACAAGGUGUACAACAUCCCCCUGGAAAACUAUGCAGCUGGGAACGAUCCCAUCGGAACCCAUGAGAGGGCGGACAAGCUGCUGGGUCCGGAGCACGGCAUGCUGAGCAUGUCCCGCAGCCAGUCGGUCCCCAUGCUGGACGACGAGCUGCUGACCUACGGCAGCGUCAAGGCGCAGCCGCAGCAGAAGCCGUUGGUCACGAAGAAGGUCUACCAGUUCGACCAAAGCUUCAACCCCCAGGGAGCAGUGGAGGUCACAGCGGAGAAGAGGCUUCCGCCGCCUUUCCAGCUCAACCCCGAGUACAUUCCCCAGCAGAGUAAAAACCUGCCCCAGGAGCUGGUCAGCCCCAGGGCGUACCACGGCUACCCCCCUGUGGAGCACAUGUUCUCCUUCUCCCAGCCCUCGGUGAACGAGGAGGCGGUCGGCGCCCCCUUCCCCAGCCAGGCCUCCCGGCCAGGCUUCCUGAGGAGGGCGGAUUCCUUGGCCGGCUCCACGGAGAUGUCCAUGUUCAGGAGGGUGAGCGAGCCCCACGAGCUGCCCCCGAGCGACAGGUAUGGCCGGGCUCCCUACCGAGGGCCCGUGGAGCGCCAGGGCAGCGUGUCGGUCUCCGAGUCUCAGUUCCUCAAGCGGAACGGCAGGUACGAGGACGAGCAUCCUGCCUACCAAGAGGUGAAAGCCCAGACCGGGAGCUUUCCCGUGAAAAACCUCACGCAGAGGCGGCCGUUGUCCGCAAGAAGCUACAGUACAGAGAGCUACGGCACGUCCCAAGCCAGGCCGGUUUCAGCGAGGCCUACAAUGGCAGCUCUGCUGGAAAAGAUACCGUCAGACUAUAACUUGGGUAACUAUGGCGACAAGCCUUCCGAUAACAGUGAUAUAAAGACAAGGCCUACCCCUGUGAAGGGAAAUGAGAGCUGUGCUAAAAUGCCCGCUGACUGGAGACAACAGCUACUUAGACAUAUAGAAGCUAGAAGGUUAGACAGGACCCCGUCGCAGCAGAGCAGCAUCCUGGACAAUGGGCAGGAGGAGGUGGGCAGCCAGUGGAACCCCUACCCGCUGGGGCGGCGGGACGUGCCACCGGACACCAGCACCAAGAAGGCAGGUAGGCACAUCCAGACCCUGAUGGGAUCCCAAAGCCUGCAGCACCGGAGCCGGGAGCAGCCGUUCGAGGGCGGCAUGAACAAAGUGACCAUCCAGCAGUACCAGCCCCCGCUGCCCAUCCAGGUGCCCUCCUCCCAGGGCUCCCGCGCGCCCCCGCCCGCCCGCUGCCUCAUCCAGACCAAGGGCCAGAGGAGCACCGACGCCUACCAGGAGCAGUUUUGUGUGAGGAUAGAGAAGAAUCCUGGCCUUGGUUUUAGUAUCAGUGGUGGAAUAAGUGGACAAGGAAAUCCAUUCAAACCUUCUGAUAAGGGUAUCUUUGUUACUAGGGUUCAGCCUGACGGACCAGCGUCCAGCCUGCUCCAGCCUGGUGACAAGAUCCUCCAGGCCAACGGACACAGUUUUGUCCAUAUGGAACACGAGAAAGCUGUAUUACUACUGAAGAGUUUCCAGAACACAGUAGACCUAGUUAUUCAGCGUGAGCUUACUGUCUAACUAUUUUUUUAUAAAUAGUAAAUAUGCCUAGCCAGAUCUAACGUUCAGAUUUAUACAUAGGAAACCAUUUUUUUUUGCCAAUUGCUGGACCAAUGGCAAAGAGUAGUGCCAAAUGUAUAAUAUUCUAUGUUAGUACCAAUCAUCCGCGAGGGGGGGAGGGGGAAAAAGAAAAUAUAUUAACUCUAUAAAUCUAUUGUUCAUGUGG